UCAGACUCAACUUACUUCUGCAUUACUCAGUCAACAUUAUAUUCAUUUAUGAGUUAUAAGAUAUCUGUUUUCUCUUCAGUUAUUAUUUACAUCUGUCCUGAUCGAGAAGAUGAAUGAUGGGAUUUUCUUCUGUUUGUGUUUGUGGAGUCUGUCUGGUGUGUUUGGUGAGUUUGUGUCAGUGAUGGAGGGAGAUUCUGUGACUUUAUCUGUCAGUCUCACUGAAACACAGAGAAAAGAGGGAAUCACCUGGAAGUUUGGACAUCAAGAAACUUCUAUAGCUAAAAUGAAAGACUAUAAAACUACAGUAUAUGAUGAUAGACUUGAUGGAAGAUUCAAAAACAGACUCCAUAUAAACAAUCAGACUGGAUCUCUCACCAUCACAGACACCAGAACCACAGACACUGGACUUUAUAUUAUAACCACUCCCAGCCAAGAGAAACCACUCAAGAUCAUUAAUGUCUAUGUUCCUCUACCCAUUCCUGUGAUCACCAGUAACUCAUCACAAUGUUCAUCAUCAUCAUCAUCAUCAUCAAAUUGUUCAUUAUUGUGUUCAGUGUUGAAUAUGAGAGAUGUGAGUCUGUCCUGGUAUAAAGGAAACAGUUUAUUGUCCAUCAUCAGUGUGUCUGAUCUCAACAUCAUCAACAUCUCUCUACCUCUGGAGGUUGAAUAUCAGGAUAACAACACAUACAGAUGUGUACUCAACAAUACCAUCACAAACCAAACUCAACAUCUCAACAUCAAGAAUCUCUGUCAGACGUGUUCAGAUACAACAGCUGUCACAGGAGUCACAGGAGUCGAGGUCACAGGUGUCACAGGUGUCAAAGGGGUCACAGGAGUCAAAGGGGUCACAGGUGUCAAAGGGGUCACAGAUAAGAUCUACUGCUGUUGUGGUUUUACUGAAGUUGUGAUCCAAUUGUUCGUCUCUGUUCUGGUGGGUGUGGCUGCUGUUGGUUUUGUGGUUUAUGACAUCAGAUCCAGAAGAGAUGAAGAGAAGAGGAUGAGAUCAGAUAAACCCCACUAA